UCCCGCUGCUGCUCUUCAGCCCGGGGAGGGUCGGUCUCCCCGAGCCGAGGCGCGGCGGUGCCGGCAGCCCCGGGCGGAGGCCGUGCCCUGAAGGAGGGGGGGGAGAGGCGCAGCCCAUGGCGGCAGCGGCGGCGCGGGGCGUGCGGCGCCUCCUGCCCGCGGGCGCCCGGCGGGAGAGCGGGGAGCUGGCGCGGCUGGCGGGGCCCGUGUUUGUCGCCCAGCUGCUGGGGUUCCUGAUCAGCGUGGUGAGCUCCAUCUUCUGUGGCCACCUGGGGAAAGCAGAGCUGGAUGCUGUGACGCUGGCUGUGUCUGUUAUCAACGUGACGGGCAUCUCCAUUGGGUCUGGUUUAGCCUCAGCAUGCGACACGCUGAUGUCCCAGACGUACGGUGGCAAGAACCUGAAGCAGGUGGGCACCAUCCUGCAGCGGGGGAUCCUCAUCCUGCUGCUAUGCUGCUUCCCUUGCUGGGCUUUCUUCAUCAACACCGAGCGGAUCCUCCUGCUCAUCCAACAGGACCCUGAGGUCUCCAGGUUAACUCAGCUCUACGUGAUGAUCUUUAUUCCAGCGCUUCCAGCCGCGUUUCUGUACCAGCUGCAGACGAGAUAUUUACUAAGCCAGGCGAUCAUUUUGCCUCAAGUGUUGACAGGGAUUGCAGCCAACAUCCUCAACGUGGCCAUGAAUGCCUUCUUUCUAUACGCGCUGAAGCUGGGCAUGGUGGGCUCUGCCUGGGCUAACACCGUUUCUCAGUACAGCCAGGCCAUUCUCCUCUUCCUUUAUGUGUGGUGGAAGAAGAUCCAUGUGGAGACCUGGGGAGGUUGGACCAGGGACUGCCUUCUGGACUGGGGCUCCUUUAUCCGGCUGGCAGUACCCGGCAUGCUCAUGACCUGUAUUGAAUGGUGGACCUUCGAGAUUGGGAGUUUCUUGGCAGGGCUUCUCAGUGUGGUGGAGCUGGGUGCACAGUCUGUCAUCUACGAGCUCUCCUCUGCAGCAUACAUGGUGCCUCUGGGCUUCAGCGUGGCUGCCAGUGUCAGAGUGGGCAAUGCCUUGGGGUCAGGGGAUGCGGUUCAAGCCAAGACCUCCUGCAUCACUGCGCUGCUGUGCACAGAAGUUCUUGCUGUGGUGGUUGCAACGUUACUGGGAACCCUAAAGGACGUGGUAGGAUACAUCUUCACCAAUGACAAGGAGAUCGUUAUCUUGGUGUCCAAAGUGAUGAUCAUCUUUGCUCCGUUCCACUUAUUUGACGCAGCAGCAGCGACCUGUGGUGGUGUGCUGCGGGGCACAGGGGAGCAGAAGAUGGGUGCUAUCGCCAAUGCCAUCGGCUAUUAUGCCAUUGGCUUGCCCAUCGGCAUCUCACUGAUGUUUGCUGCUAAGAUGGGAGUGUUAGGGCUGUGGGUAGGGAUGAUCGUUUGCAUUUCUCUGCAAGCCCUUUCCUUCUCGGCUUUUGUCGUUCGCAUGGAUUGGAAGAAAGCUGCAGAAGAGGCUCAGAUCCGAGCUGGACUGAAAAAACAACUUGAAGAUGUGAACUCCAAUGGCACUACUGCUAACAAAACAUCUGCAGUGGAUUACGUCUCUGGUGAUGCAGACACCAUGGAUACUGUUGUCCUGCCUGAAAGCAUCGUGGAAGGCGAGAGACAACCUGACCACCAGUUCAUUGUGCAGGAGGAGCCUGCUGUUGUUUUUUCUCCGCCUGCUGUGGCGUGGAGGACCCUGAUCAUCCGCCGUGUGCUGGCUGCUGCCACUGCUGUUGCUGUCCUGGUGGUGGGCGUACUGGUCCGGCUCCUGACCGGCAGCGGCUAGAACCAGGGACACUGGGGAGACACGCACAGAGCAGGAGGGCACGCGGUGAUGUCCCAGGAGGAGGAUGGUGAGGGGGAAGGAACUCCCCCACAAUUCCUUGUAGAGAGUCACUUUGCUCAGUUUUUGGUUAACUCACAAUGUUUCAUCCCACACGCAGAGUUCUUAAAAGGGGUGAGGAUGCAGCACCUGGGAAGAAGGUGCUCGAGAGCUGGUUCCUCUCCUGCACUGCACUAGGUUGUCACUUAGGAUAGGUGGGAGCGUACCCUGGGACUGGCCUGAGAAGGAGACGGGGACCUUGUGCCCCUCGCUGUCCUGCUUCCUACUGCCUGGGGACAUUUGCCAGUGUCAUUUGCUAAUGGCCGAGGUGCUUGCUGCCCACAGAGGUGUUUCCUCAAACACCACCACUCGGCACAGCCCAUGUCCUACUGCUGCAGCAGCGCACAAGGCUGAUUUUGUUGGAAGGUGGCUGACUCUUCCGACUGCUGCCGGGGCGUUGGGUGCUGGCCCCUCUCUCCCUGCUGCGUGGCAGGCACAGGGCCUAAAGCAACUCUUCUUUGCACUUUUGUAAAGUGGGAUUUUUGAUACAAUAAAGU